CAUGACGUGAGCGUCAUUGCGUGUUUACGACAAGCAUUACUUUACGGCCGUGCUUUGUGUUGCCGUAAAGCAAAGCGACUCUUCGGAGAAGGUUAUUUUAUCAACUUGCACCAUGCCUAUGUUGGACCUGAAUAAGUGGCUGGGGCUCAGCCUUGACCAGUGGAUACUAGUGCAGAGCGGCAAGCAGCCUUACAAGCAGGCGGCACGCUGCCACGCCUUUGAAAAGGAGUGGAUUGAGUGUGGCCACGGCAUCGGACAGGUCCGUGCCAAGAGGGAAUGCCAGCAGGAAUACGAGGACUUCUGCGAGUGCUUGCACAUGAAAAAGGUGGUGAGUAGAAAGAGGUUGCAUACGAUCCAAAAACAGCGUGACAAACUGAUGAAGGAGGGGAAGUACACGCCACCGCUGCAUCACUUGGGCAAAGUAGAGGAGGGACCGUGAGGGUUCAACGCCAGUUCUGACUUUAUGUAAUUCAUGUGUCAAUUUUCCCCUCCAAUUGUACAAGUCUGCAAAUAAAUGUCAUCACUCACUGUU